AACAACAACACUUUCUCUUUCUCUGUCUAAAAGAACAUUUCAUUCAGUGUGGCCCCAUAAGAUCGAAAGCUCUAAUCUUUUGUUCAGUUUUAUUAGGAUCUCAGCUUCUUCAAUGGUGUUACCAAACUAACCUCUUUGUUUUUUCCUUAUAGUUAUUAUGCAUAGUUUGCCUUAGUCUCAGUUUGGUACUACAAAUUCUCCAUGAUUCUUGAGAUGGUAUAAUACUCCAAGAAGGGGGUAUUAAGGAGAAGUGGCUCAAAGAUGUGGGUCUGAGGAAUGGAAACACAAGUGCAUUGCAAAAGCUACUUACCAGCUUAUAAAUCCAUGAGCUACCUUAGUGAGGAUUCAAACAAUGGAUGGCCCCUACAUUAUGGAGAGAAAAUCUACACAAAUGCGCAAUACCGUAAUGGUUUCAUAUCAAGGAUUAUGAUAGAUGAAGAUCCUGGAUACGAUAAAGAUGUUCUAAAGCAGAAAAUACUUGAACACGAGGAAACAUUCAAGAAUCAGGUAUUGGAACUUCAUCGCCUUUACAGAACCCAGCGGGACAUGAUGUAUGAAAUUAAACGGACAGAAUUGCAUAAACCUUGGACAUCAAUGGAGCCAUCAUCUUCAUCAAGCCUUCUCGGAUCCCAUCUUCCACCUAAAGAUGCUUGGAAAUGCCAAAUCACCAGCUUCCCCGUAGCAAAUUCAAGUUAUGCUAGACCAUCUAUAUCUGGUACUGAAAUUCUAAAUUCUCCCUUGAGUUCUUCAAAGGUGAACGAUGUACAGUCUGGUCGAUCUCAAAUACAAAAUAGUUGCUCUUCAAAUACAUGUGAAGUUUCUGAGGCUAGGCCCUCAAAAGUGCGGAAAAAGUUGUUUGAUCUUCAACUUCCAGCUGAUGAUUACAUAGAAACAGAUGAAGCUGAUGAGCAGUUGCGAGAUAAUGAAGGAUCGUUCUGUCCAAGAUCUUGUGCUAAUAGAAAUGAUACAGCUGACCGAGACAGUAGUACGAAAUUUUGUCCUGGUGCUGAUGCUGGUACCAAGAGUGAUAAAAGAGAUGCUUCAGCAUCCAAUUCAUGUUUGAGAACCUCGGUCAGGUUAGCUGAUCUCAAUGAACCAGCUCAGCUUGAAGAAGUAACCCCAUCACCUGUUGAUCUAAAUGCUUGUGCUAAAUCAAAUCCAGCAUUUGGUAGUAAAGGCAAAGAGAGAGACUGGUACUCUUCUACAUAUGAGACAGGUAACAUUAAAGGUAGCUUGGCUCCACUACCUCUUAGUUUUGCACAAAACAAGUUAUCUACACCUUGCCACCCGGCAAAAGUAAUGCUUGACAAAGCCUGUCUAACUCCUGGGGUUCAAUCACCUCAUCAUAUCAGGGAUGACCUUUGGAGGGAGAGAACAGUGCAUAGUUUAGAGACCUUUUACAGAUAUCAUGAGAAGUCCAACUAUACAUAUGGGAAACCAUUUGUCACUUCUCAUACGUCUAGUCCAUAUCCAUUCUCUAAUUCCUCAGAAUUUUCCAAUUCAUGGUCACACACUCUCUCUUCUUGGGGUAAACCAAGUGGCAUAAUGCUAUCAUCAGGGCAUACAAACCCGUCAUUUAACUCAUCUGCCAUGGUCAGCAAGAGUCCACAGUCACCUCAGAGCAAUGCAAUUUUUGGAGACAAGCGGCAUAUCAGUGGAGGGUCUACGUCAAAUCUAGGUUUGGCUACUGAUCUCUCCAUCAGGAAUGGAUUUCACCAUGGGUCCUCAUCGGGGCCCAAAGACUCACCCCUUUUCUUAUCUGUUGAUUUUGAUUCUCGGAAGCAUAACAAGGGUGACGACUUGACAUCUGAGUGCUCCCCUAAUAAUAGGUGUGAGAAAUAUCUUAUUAGCUCCAAUAAUAUGGACUUGACGUCCGACAAAGGUUUCGAUUUGAAUGUACUAUCAAAGAGUUCACUAGAUGAGGAACUUUCCAGGAGAGAUCUUGAGUUGGUUGAGGCAAAAAGAGAGCCUCAAGAUUGUAUACCAGUGUUUCCGUGGCUUAAAGCUAAGCCAAGUUUCAGAAAUGUGAGUUCGAAUACCAUGAAAGGUGGAAACCCAGCGGACUCUGGCUUCAUCCAAGCCUGCGCAAACUCACCUAUCUGCGGAAGUGGUCCAUCAAAAAAUCUCAGCAAUGUCUCCUAUGCGCAGAACGUGGUGCCAACUCUAGAAGAUUGCACCAUGAAGGCCAGAAAGGAGCUGGGGGAAACCCGAAGUAUAAGGAAAAUUCUGGGGGUUCCAAUUCCUGAAAUUCCUUGUGCUUCCAAAAAUGAGUCAUCUUUGUUUGUUUCCACUUCUGCUACUCUUCAUUCCUCAACUGAGGGAGAAAAUAGAAGACAUGAACGGAGGAAUAUGGUGAUUGACAUUAACAUAGCUUGUGACCUUUCUGUGGUUGAGCCCGAGAAACAGGCUUCCACUGAACCAGUUGUUGCUGAGACAGUGAUGGAGACAAAAGCUACCAUUAUCAGAAAUUCCUUCGAUUUGAACUCAUGUAUUACUGAAGAUGAAGAUUCAUUCUUUGUUGAAAGCAAUAAUGUCAACGUGAGGACUGUCAUCGAGAUAGAUCUGGAAGCUCUUCCUGUUCUGGAAACUGAAGAAGAUCAUUUCUCUGGAGAGAAGGACAAACAAAAUGAUGCAUCUUUGCAGUUGCCGGAGCCCAAACUUGACAAAACACAGGAUGAAGUUAUCAGGAACGCAGCUGAAGCAAUAGUAUCCAUUUCAUCGUCCAGUCAGUUCAAUUUUAUUGACGAAAGUUCCAGCGAUCCAUCUGAUGAUCCACUGGGAUCCCUAGGUUGGUUUGUUGACGUAGUCUUUUCUUUCGACAAUGAAUUCACGAGCAAGACUAAAGAAAUAAUAGCGAAGGAUGCUAUGAUUGUUGCACCUACUACUACUACUACUACUACUACUGUGGAGAUGGAUUACUUUGAGGCAGUGACACUGCAACUAGAAGAGACUAAGGAACAAGACUACUUGCCCAAGCCUUUUGUUCCUGAAGUCCAACCAGUGGAAGAUGCAGGAGCCACUUCACUAACAAAGCGAACCCGAAGAGGAAAUGGAAGGUGGGGAAGGCAGAGGAGGGACUUUCAAAGGGAUAUCCUUCCUGGACUGGCUUCGUUGUCAAGGCACGAGGUGACCGAAGACAUUCAGACAUUCGGAGAGUUGAUGAAAGCUAUGGGCCAUUCUUGGAACUCAGGAUCCAUGAGAAGGAAUGGCAGCGGUAAACGGGGAAGGCGGAGGAUGGUGAUUGAAACCGCCCCUGCCACUGUGUCGUCCCCAAUAACCCCUCCUCUAAGUUUGGAGGACAAAAGUCUAACAGGGUGGGGCAAGACGACUAGACGUCCAAGGAGGCAAAGAUGCCCUGCAGGUCAUCCUCCUGCUGUUACAUUAACUUAACUAUGUGAAUGAGGCUGUAAUUUAUCAACUUUGAUUUAUAGAGAUGAGGUAAAACAGAUUAGGUGAGUUUGUUUAUGAAUUUUCAGGUGUGAAGUUGUUAGAUAUGGAGUCCUUGUACAUGUCCUUGUAGCCCAUAAUUUAGGACACCAUCAAUGGGUUGAUUGGGUUACUGAUUCUGUAUUCAGGAGCAAUGCUACAUAAUGUCUUCUGGAUCA